UUGUCUCCACUCACCACGUUUAUAUACACGAGCCCUUCAGUAGUGUUCUCUGUUUCGUGUUAUUCUUUCUUGUGUGUGUUUCUAGUGUAUUUUUAUUUUAGUGUAAGUGAGUCUUGUAUUUUUGGUUCUGAUAGUUGACUUGUAGCAGUCAACACAGUGGAGGCUAGCAGAGAGCAGCUAGCUGCUGCGUGUCAACAACACUGAACGUUAACGUUGACAACAGGCAUGUCGCUGUGGAUACUUUACCCCUGGAUGGAGAGGCAAAACAAGAAACUUCAGCUAAGGGGACAGACUUUAAAGUGGACGGAGCCUCUUCAAGUGUAAACACUACGACCACUGCUCCACAUGGCCUGGAUGGAAACCAUCGUCAUCCCAUCGCUGAGAUAGUGGCACUUGACAUGAUGACAUCUCUACCGUCUUCUCCCUCACUGCGGAGGUUGUUGACGGAACCUUUGUGAGGAAUAUUUUCCCUGAUUGAGAGGAAUAUUUUUCAUGCUGGAGGAAACUGAUGGCUGCUCCAUCCCUGCCUGAUGGUUUUCACUGCCCGGAUUUUAAAAGGGAUAAUUAGCGGUCACCACCCUCAUCCACCCUGCUGACUUAUGCCUUUGUGUGAAUGUGACUUUGCAUUUGUGUUUUUUUUUCUUAUCAAAUGGCGUAAGUAAGAAAAAGAAAACAAGGAUCUUUUUUUUUUACUGGGAAAGUACGAGAAAGAGGACGCGGUGAGCCAGAGAGUCGCAGCUAUGUCCUGGUGGAGGCACCAUUCGAGGACCGGGUGCCGCCGAUUUCAGACUGCGAAGUGCGGGGGAAUGGGAUGUGUUGGAUUUGAAGGUCCUGUACGGGCCAGUCGGGGAUGCUCUGUAAUAUGGCUGGGACUGCUGCUGCUGCUGCUGCAGGUGUCGGGUCAGAAACUCGAUGAGAGUGACCCCGUGGUUACCACUGUCUACGGUAAGCUGCGCGGCAUCAAAAAGGAGCUCAACAAUGAGAUCCUGGGUCCUGUGGUGCAGUUUCUCGGAGUCCCGUAUGCGGCUCCUCCCACUGGCGAGCGCCGCUUCCAGCCACCGGAGCCGCCGGUGCCUUGGCCUGAAAUCCGCAACGCCACACACUUCGCCCCGGUGUGUCCUCAGAGCAUCGUGGAGGGACGCCUGCCAGAUGUGAUGCUACCCGUCUGGUUCACCAACAGCAUUGAUGUCGUGUCCACAUACGUCCAAGACCAGAGCGAGGACUGCCUCUAUCUUAACAUCUAUGUCCCCACUGAGGAUGUCAAAAGAAUAUCCAAGGAAUGUGCCAGGAAACCGGGAAAGAAAAUAUGUAGACAAGGAGGUCCCCUUACAAAGAAACACACUGAUGAUUUAGGUGAUAGUGACCGCACGGACGACGAAGACAUUAGGGAGAGUGGAAGCCCUAAGCCAGUGAUGGUUUUCAUCCACGGGGGCUCCUACAUGGAAGGAACAGGGAAUAUGUUUGACGGCAGCAUCCUGGCCAGCUACGGCAACGUGAUCGUCAUAACUGUGAACUACCGGCUCGGCGUCCUCGGCUUCCUGAGCACAGGUGACCAGGCGGCCAAAGGGAAUUAUGGCUUGUUGGACCUGAUCCAGGCUCUGCGUUGGACGAGUGAGAACAUCGCAGCCUUUGGCGGUGACCCGUUACGUAUCACUGUGUUUGGCUCCGGCGCUGGAGCCUCCUGUGUCAACCUGCUCACGCUGUCUCACUACUCAGAGGGCAACCGGUGGAGCAACUCCACCAAAGGCCUUUUCCAGAGAGCCAUCGCUCAGAGCGGCUCGGCUCUGUCCAGCUGGGCCGUCAGCUUUCAGCCAGCCAAGUACGCCCGGAUGCUGGCCCGUAAGGUGGGCUGUAACCUGGAGGAUACUGUGGAGCUGGUCACGUGUCUGCAGCAGAAACAUUACAAGGAGCUGGUGGAUCAAGACAUCCAGCCGGCACGCUACCACAUCGCCUUUGGGCCUGUUAUUGAUGGAGAUGUUAUACCCGACGACCCACAGAUAUUAAUGGAACAAGGCGAGUUCCUCAACUAUGACAUCAUGCUGGGAGUGAACCAAGGCGAGGGCCUCAAGUUUGUGGAGCUUAUCGUGGACAACGAAAACGGCGUCCAGGCCAACGACUUUGACUACGCCGUGUCCAGCUUUGUGGACGAUCUCUAUGGUUACCCCGAGGGUAAAGACAUCCUCAGAGAGACCAUCAAGUUCAUGUACACCGACUGGGCUGACAGACACAACCCGGAGACUCGCCGGAAGACGCUGCUGGCACUCUUUACCGAUCACCAGUGGGUGGCGCCGGCUGUUGCCACAGCUGACCUGCACUCAAGCUUUGGGUCACCAACAUAUUUCUACGCCUUCUACCACCACUGUCAGACGGAGCAGGUGCCACCGUGGGCCGACGCGGCGCACGGCGAUGAGAUCCCAUAUGUGUUCGGUCUGCCGAUGAUUGGACCGACCGAGUUGUUUCCCUGCAACUUCUCCAAAAACGACGUGAUGCUCAGCGCCGUGGUCAUGACCUACUGGACCAACUUUGCAAAGACAGGGGACCCGAACCAGCCUGUCCCUCAGGACACCAAGUUCAUCCACACCAAGCCCAAUCGCUUUGAAGAGGUGGCGUGGACACGUUACAACCAGAAAGAGCAGCUGUACCUGCACAUUGGCCUCAAGCCACGGGUCAAAGAGCAUUACCGUGCCAACAAGGUCAACUUGUGGUUGGAGUUGGUUCCUCAUCUGCACAGCCUCAACGAGGUCACGCAGCUCAUUCCCACCACCACCAAGAUUCCUCCACCAGAAGUUACCAACCGUACCCCAAAGACCAAGGUUCUGGUCACCAAGCGGCCAAACCCUACUCCGCUCCCCACCAAAUCCCAGGACAGCCACAACCAGCCGCAUCUGGUGGACCAGCGCGACUACUCCACCGAGCUGUCGGUGACCAUCGCCGUGGGAGCUUCGCUGCUCUUCCUCAACAUUCUGGCUUUUGCCGCGCUUUACUACAAGAAGGACAAGCGCCGACAUGACGUCCACAGGCGCUGCAGCCCUCAGCGAAGUGCUGCCAAUGACCUGGCCCACACUCAGGAGGAGGAGAUCAUGUCCCUGCAGAUGAAGCAGCACUCAGACAUGGACCGGGACUGCAGAGGGGUUGGCGACUCCCUGCACCCGCAUGAUGUGGUUCUGAGGACUGCCUGCCCGCCGGACUACACUCUUGCCAUGAGGCGCUCGCCGGACGACAUCCCGCUCAUGACGCCAAACACCAUAACCAUGAUCCCCAGCACCAUGGGGGGGCUCACCUCGCUCCACUCGUUCAACACCUACCCCAGCAGUGGGCAGAACAACACCCUGCCCCACCCACACUCACACUCCACCACCCGGGUAUAGCCCUGCGGAUUCUCCCAUGCAGGUUUGACUCUGAUGGCUGUAGCAAAAAAAAGCUAAUGCCGCUGCCGCAACAGGGACUUAAGGCCGACAUGGUGACAAACAGAUCAGCCUGGAGUCGCCAGUCACCUGUGGAAUUAAACUGGGAUUGUACCACUCCCUGUUAAUACCUGAGGGAAUAUUGGAUUUCUGGGGCUUUGGACCAGAGGAAAAAAAAACAAAAAAAAACUAAAGAAUAAUUAUGUUUUUUGUAGAAAAAUAAAAGAUAUGAAGAAAAAAAGUACAACUAAGGAGUUGAAGAAAAACAACCUCACAAGCUAAAACAAAGAGGAUGAUUUUUUUAAUCAUUAUUAUUAUUAUAAUAAUUAUUAUUUUUGUUCUGAUAUUGCAGCAAAACACUACAGUAAACUACUUUUUCUUUCUAGUGACAGACAUGGCCUUCGGGAUCUUUUGACAAAUGACUGCCUGACAAUAUUAUCUGGAAGCAGAGCAGGGCUUCAGACACGCCUUGGAGGUGAGAAGAGCACUUGGUGAUGGGAAAAAAAACCUAUUGUUUUCCUUUGGCAAUGCUCUGAGGAUUACUGUGUCUGUGGGGCUCAGAAUAGUUGUCGCGCAAAGCUAUUCGAGCGUGUGCUAACUUCACAAAAGGAGGCCGUGUAAGAUAAAGUGAAAGGAACAAAACGAAGGACCGGAAAUAUAGAGGAAUAAUGAAACCCUGUAUGCACAAGAGAAAAACAUCAUAAAUACUUUUCAUCUGUUUAUUUUUGAGGAUCGGGAACAACUAGAACCUAUUUACAUAUCUAGAUCUGUACACUAAGCACCAAGGCAGUUCAAGCCCUCUUCUCUUUGGGGGGGUGGGGGCACCUUUACUGCAAACCUGCCAGCAGGACUGAACCCGUGGGACAUGAGAAUCCACUCACUGGCUUUCUGGCAGUUCCAACUUCAACACUGAGAGCUGACGGACAAAGGAUAAUUGGAUAUUUUAGCACGAUGCGCAUGACAAUUUAUCUGCUUGAUGGCUGCUCUGCUGAUUAUGUCAUUAUUAAGAAUAAUUUUCACCCUCUCCCUUGCAUCGGAGUCAUUUCAGAUGGAUUUCCUGAAGUGGAUUACAGGAAUAACAUACACACACACGUAUGUGGGACCAUGGGAAAUGCAGCUCCAGGUUGAAGAUGUUGUUUUGGGGUGGGGUGGGGGAGUCAAAGGCGGGGCCAGGGAUAUGGUAAAACUUUGUUGCAUAACAUACUAUAGCUUGAGUGGAGCUGGGCAUAUAAGGACUAGUUUUGUACUCUGUGUGUUGGUACUACUUUUUGAUAGUGUUCAAAUCACAUUACACUGUAUCAAUCAGACUCAUUGUACCUUCUGUUGAAAUCAGUGUUAUUUGCUAUUGUACCUAUUGGACCACUUUACCGUAUAAGUAAUUACCUGCACUGUUUAUUCCAUGACCCAUUUUUAUUUUUUUAUUUUUUAUUUUUUUUUUUAGAAGGGAUUAUGAUUGAGUGAUGUAAUGGAUGCCAUUGGUGUAAAAAAACAAAACAAAAUGGAGGGUGAAUCUCUGGGUUUCAUAGCUUUCCUUUUCUCCCCUUAUCCAGUCAGAUUGUGUAGAUCUGUUUAAACAUGACAGACGUCACAGGCCAAGCACAGGCAGACCUCACUGGGUGGAUCUCUGUGGAACCGCAGGAAGAGCUUGGUUCAGGACACGUGGAUACCCAUGAUAGUUUAGAUCAGAUUACCCAGGUUUGAAAGGUAAAGAGGCUUCUAAACACACAGUCACCCUUCCUUACCUCACUUUAAAGAGAUAUUACUUUCCGUUUCCUUUUCUAAGCUCCACUCUCCUUCUGCUGUCUCAUCUCGUAUACUGAGCUGACAGGUUGGGCUGUUGAGCUAAACGGUCCCCCCCCCCCCACACACACACACCAACACCACGUUCAGCUUCUUUGUCUCCUGCAAAGCCUGUCAGGCAUCGCUAACGUGUUUCGGUCAGCAAAGCCUUGGCAGCUAACGCCGUUAGCCUCCAGAAUAGGGAUGUGUCACACAAUCCUGUGGAUUAAGUGGUCGGAGUCAUUGCGAGGGUAAAGAAUAUCCUGGAAGGCAGAACUAUUGUGCGGUGGUGAGCUGAGACACUUGUCUCCCAACUUUUCCUUCACUAAAAUGAAGAUGUAGUGACUGCAGUCGUCAUAGUCCAGACGUAACCUUCCGUUGGCAAAACAAAGAGGUUUUUUUUGGAAAUCAACCGAGUCGCUCCCUGGUGGUUAGUUAGUUAGUUAGAGUUACAUUCACCCGUAUAACUGCCACAGACAAGCUGUUUGGAUGGAUAAUGUCAAGUUUUCUUAAUAGGGAGACUUUCAUUUUGGUCUAAAAUUUAAAGUGAACAAACUUACUUGAGCUCAAGAUGGGAUUAAAAGAAAAGAAAGAAUACAGGACGCUGAAAACAUAAAGAAAUAAGAAGUGUCUCCAAAUCAGGGAAUGAUCCAUGGUGGAGUUUGCUCAACAUACUGACUUACUGUAGCGUACCAGGUUGUGAAUACAUGUGCAAACAUGCAAAUGAACAUGUCCUCAGUACACAAACCCAAACAAUGUGCUUAGUAAUUAGGCGUGGGCUUUUCUAGAGUGUCUGUAGAGUGUUGUUCUGAAACACUUGAAUCUGGCUAACACCCUGAUUGUCUGCACUUGGCCCCAAGAUUUAUGAUGCCCAUAUAAAAGGCAAUGCGACCUUGCUUUUGUAAUCCAGGCCGAUGGCUGAAAAACACUUCACAAGAUAUGGAGGGGAACCUUGGACAAAAUGAAACACCAGUGUCGGCUGUGAAACCUGCUGAGAACUUAUUGAGGAAAGUAAAACUUCCCACCAUGCACAGCAAUAUAAUGACUAACAAGUGUGUCGUUUUACAAUCGCUGGAGACCAGUGGCUGAUGAAGGCCACCCACCUGUGUCGCCCCUCAAUGAAGACACAGCUCCUGAGUCCUGGAUUAGAGUCUCGUCUUUCAGAGCUCUCACCUUAGUUCAUGUAACAUAUUGGGCCACAAAGUUGGUGACUAAAUGCUCCAGUGGGCCUUUUGAACUAGUGAGUCUUUUAUAAGACAAAUGAAGGUGUUGUCAGCCUAUGAACUGUACAUAUGAAUUCAUCUUUUCUUAAAAGUGAAACAUUUGAAAUCAGCUCACAACUAUCAUGCUGAGAGUCAAACAAUAUAAAUAGCACAGGGAAAUGACAUCACCACCCAUUGAAUUAAACAUGUAAAUGCAGGGUUUGGUAAAUAGUCAGGCGGUUGUUGCAGAUCCAUGUUAAGUAGCAGACGACUGAGGAUGAAUGUUAAUUAUUAACUUUCCAUGAAAGUUGCCUGAUUCAAGAAUUAGCAUCGUGAAUGCUAGCAUGAGGAGAGCAAGAGCAAUGCAGGACGACGUUGGACUCGUUUGAAAUUUAAAAGAGAAAUUUAUAGAAUGGCUUGUGGACCUAAUGCAUGACGGCAGAUGAUAAUAUUCAGCAGGUUUGCACGCUAAUGCAGAAGGUUGUACGACUUGAGGAAGCAAACCUGCAGGGACGGUGGAGAUUCAGUGUAGCUUCAACUGACAGCAGACACUGAUGACUGACUAAAUAUGACUUAGACUAAUCAGGACAUUUGAAACAAGACUAAGACUAAAUUAAAUCGAAUGGGUGACAAAAUGAAAACUGCCCUGUGAUGGACUGACAACCUGUCCAAGGUGAACCCCACCUUUCGCCCCCUAUGUCAGCUGGGAUUGGCUUCAGUGACCCCACAACUGUCAUGUGGAGGAUGAAUGGAUGAAAAUGUACACUCGUUUCCUAAACCCAUAUUAGCAGAUUAGAAGAGCGUGUCUCACCAAAUCAUGCUGCUGAAAUGCCACAUUACUCUUCUGGAUUAUUAUUAAUUAUUCUGCGUGCUGUGUGUGGUCCAUAGCAAAAAUACACCGUGAAAAUAAUCUCCCAAAACAGUUUCAACAUCUGUGGAAAAUUGCCCAAACAGCAUUUCCAAUACUCCAAAGUGAAAUCAAUCUAUUGACUACAUUUAUUCUCGUUAACAAUUCUUUUAUUGUGAAAUCUUUGCAAGAGCUUUGCAUUGAAGAAUCCUGGCAUUUACUUUAAUCAUCAUUUAAUCAUGAACGUCCAUUUUCACAGUCACACCACUGCACACAUCCAGUGUAGCGUUAGAAUAAUCUUAGACACACUUAUUAUCUCCCACAAAUAUGAUCUGACCACUGGAUCCAAACAAAUUCAGAAGAUGAGAAAAUAUGAAUAAAGAGACUGCAGGGAUCCAGCUCCUCCUUGACAUUAGCAUAACGAUAGCAUGUUAGCAGAGUCGUGACACAGUGAUCCAUUUAAACACACACACACAUAUAUACACGUUUGUUACAUGUGUUCAUUUAAGUCUCUGAACAGAACAUCUGACGUUUAAAGUGACGUUACUGGCUCUGGCAGCCAUGUUGUUUGAUUUUUCUACGAAUGACUCAACGUGUGAUUGACCAUCAGCUCAUAACACUCACUUGUUUUGUGUCAUCUCACCAAAAACAAACAAAAACAAAACAUAAAAAUCCCGUCGAGUGCAUUUCCUACCUCAUAAACAUUUACAAAGCCCUUCGUUGUGAAUGCGUUCUUUGCUUUUCCAUAUUGUUGCGUUGCUGCUGUUCUUGUCAGAAUAAGCCAGAGCUUACACUUGAUCACAAUAGGGCUACGAUUUAACAUAUUAGGGCUAACAACGGUUAACUAUGACCAAGCUGAUAUUAAAAGAUUCAUUUCAAGCGGAACUUUGCAAGUUUGGCCGCCUUUUUGCCUUUUUCUCUACGGAGCGCCCCCUACAGAUUCGGAGUACAACACCAACGUAACAUCUAUUGUCUCCCGCUUUAUCCUCACUGUCCUAAAAACUCCCCCGUCCCCCCGUCCCCCCGUCCCCCUCUCCUGCCCAUGUGGAUUCAUUUUCAACUGAGCGGCAUCAGCAUCUGUCUUGCAUGUUUCUGUGUUUUUCAAAUUCUCGCCAUUAAAAAAAAAGCCAGUCCAAUGUUUACCUGUGUGUCGUCUCCGCCUCCUCGCGUCCCCAUCAACAGUUUUCUCUGCUUCUUUUUCUGCCACGAUGAACAUCUAAAAUAACGCUAUCGCUGCCUUUAUCUUAUAUAGCUGGUACCUGGCUAGGGCAUGAGUGUGUGUGUGUGUGUGUGUGUGUGUG